CGGCAGGUGAAGAGGGAGUGUGAGGUUCGGGGAGUGUGACACGUGUGCCUGCCUCUUUUCUCUGUGCUCCCCCCUGCCGCUGCUCCCUCUUUUUAGCUUCCACGUCGCGUUUCUGCUUCCGGAAGCAGACGGGAGGCUAGGGGUGAGGGGCAGAUAAAUACCCCUAACCUCCCAUUCUACUCCUAUCUACUCGCUGCUCGCAUCUUCAUAUUGCAACGCAACGAUUCAGCUAGCCAGACACACAUACACAUACACUCCUUUUCAGAAACCACUUCAUAGACACACUAUCGCAACAACAAAAUGUCUCUUGGAAACGACAAGGUACCCGCUGGAACCGCCGCUUGGGAGGGCAGGACCCACCCCAAGACCAUCUGCAUGUUCGAUGUCGACGGCACCCUUUCGGCUGCUAGGCAGUCCGCUAAACCCGAGAUGAUCCAGCUCCUCCAGGAUCUCCGUAAAGAAUGCGUCAUCGCCUUUGUCGGCGGUUCCGACCUCGCCAAGAUCGAGGAACAGCUCGCUGGCAACACGUCUACCAAGGCCAUCCACGCUUUCGAUUACGGGUUCGCCGAGAACGGGUUGACCGCUUACAAGAUGGGUCAAGAGUUGGCCAGCCAGAGCUUUAUCGGACAUAUCGGGGAGGAAGAGUACAAGAAGUUGGCCAGGUUCAUCUUGCACUACAUUGCUGAUCUCGACACGCCCGUCAAGAGGGGAACUUUUAUCGAGUUCCGAAACGGAAUGAUCAACGUCUCCCCUAUCGGCCGUAACGCCUCUACCCAAGAACGCAACGACUUUGAAGCGUGGGACAAGCAGAGCGGCUGCCGAGCCAAAUUUGUGGAGGUUCUCAAAAAGGAGUUUGCCCACCUCAGCUUUACCUACUCGAUCGGAGGUCAGAUCUCGUUCGACGUCUUCCCCACCGGUUGGGACAAGACUUACUCGUUGAACCACAUCGCCGAGGAAGGGUUCGAAGAGAUUCACUUCUUCGGGGACAAGACUUACAAGGGAGGAAACGACUACGAGAUCUUUUCCGACGAGAGGACUAUCGGACACACCGUCACUUCCCCGGAGGAUACUGCUAGGAUCCUGAAAGAGUUGUUCUUCACCAAGAAGUAGGCUCUACCAGCCCAGCUUCGCUAGGGCGCCAUGAUCGAUUUCUGGCCUGGAUCGUGGCCCCCGCUCCUCUCCUUUCUUCUUGCUCUUCGAAUCUGUGGUGUAAAGACAUAUAUCUCGUGAUGGACUUUUCUUUUUGUUUCCCGAUACAUGCGUUCGUCCAGUCU